AUGCUGCAGCGGGAGCUGACGCCGCGCAGCGAGCGCAAGGUGCGGCUGUCGGCGGUCGUCACCCAGGCCGCAAAGAUCACGGGCCAGCCCGAGCGAUGGGGUGAGCUGGACGGUGCUCCCCACGUUGCGCUCGUAGAGGCGGCAGAGCGGGAGCUACGGCGAGCCGAGCGGGAGGAGGGCGGGGAGGAGGCCGCAGCGAGGCGGCAGAGGAGGGAUGCGGCGGACGCGGCGGGCCGAACGCCGCAUCACGGGCAGCCAGCGCGCCUCGCGAUGCUGCUCGACGGCCUCGCGCUUGACGGCAGCGCCAGCGCGAUAGCCUCUCCGCGGCGCAGACCGUGGGGCCUCCUCAGGGCCUCGUGGGGAGUCCACGCCGGGCGCAGAGAGGGGGAUGACCCACUGUACCGCUGCCUCGCCGAGGGUAGUCUGCCGACCGCAGAGACUCCCGACCUCGUGAGGGCCGAGGCAGAGGCGGCGGAGAGAAGGGCAACACGGAGGAGCGAGGAGCUCGCCGCGGCGCGGCGAGAGAUUGAGGACGCAGUGAGGGCAGAGGCGGAGGCGAGAGCGAGUCUGCUCGCAGCGGAGAAGGCGGCGGCGGAGCGAGAGGCCGCCGCCGCGGCAGCCGCGGCGGCAGCGGAGAAGCGCAGGGCGGAAGCGGAGAGGGCGGACUUUGCGCCGGUGAUCGAGCUGCGCAGCUUUCCUCGCGUCCGGAUGCCACCGCCAGAGGUUCUGGAGCUCCAGUCGCUCCCGUCAGUGUGGGCCCCCGUCACGAGCGGGCUGACCCCGCCGCGCUUUCCGUUCAUGCCCGUCUCGACCCGGCUGCCCGACCUCGAGAUCCCCGACUUUGUCCACGCCGCGCACCUGCAGGACGUGCUCGACGACCUCCUCAAGCUGUGCGCACUGGCGCGGGUCAGCGCGCCGCCGCUGCCGACGCCGCCGGCGCCGAGUGAAGACGUGCUCGCGCCGGCGCAGGCUACACCAGACCAGCUCGCAGGCAUGGCGGUGGCCGACUGCAUCUGUGGCGAGCCGCCUCCUGCAGCACCGCCGCAGGCCACCUCGGUCGAGGAGGAUGCAGAGGCAGAGCCCGAGGGUCAGGCGGAGGAGGCGGAGGCGGCCGCCGCUCCCAGCGAUUUGGAGAUCUGGGCGGCAACCAAGCUCGAGGCGCGGGCGCGAGGGCGGACGGCGCGCGCAGAAGCCGCUCGGCGGCGCGCGUCGCGUGGACCGCCGAGUGUCGCCGAGGCGCACGCAGAGCCAGAGGCGGACGCGCCGGGCGCAGAGGCGGUCCACGUGGGGGCAGCUGCGACCCGCGUGGGGGCAGUCUACCGAGGGAGGGCGCCCCUCCUCGCAUCUCCACGCGUGCAAACCGCGCUCCUCGCCCUGUGGAGCUUGCUUGGCCACGCUGCGUCUGAACGGUUGCGCCUCUUGCGGUCUCACGCUGCGCUCGAGCGAGAGGGCCAGGAGGCGGCAGUGCAGGAGUGGGUGGCUACUGCACUGGAGAUGCUGCAGACGGCGAGGGCGCAGCUCGACCCCGCGCCGCCGGAAGCUGCAGGGCAGGAGGCCGAGGUGCGCGCGAGCCAGCACAACGCGGCCGAGGAGCGGCUGGAAGAGAUUGUGCGCGUGCUUCAGAAGCACGGAUGGGCUCUGCCCGGGAAGCACGCGGCGCACCCGUACGUGAAUCUCGCCGAGGCGGCACGGGCGGCGCGGGCGCUUCGCGCUGGCGACGAGAGCAGCCGCGAUUCCCAUUGCAUGUUCAUGACGGGCGGAUCUGGACACGACCUCAAUGCAUCAAGGUGCCUGGCGCGGCAGUUGCGACAAUUUGGGUCACGCUGGCCGUUUGUGGUGGCCGUGCUGGAGGAUGACGUUUCCGCAGCGCGCCAGGCGCUACCUUUGUCCGAGGGUGUGGACGGUAUCGUGACGUGGUCUCGCUUUCCAUACCAGUACCGCAUGUCACGCAUCCUCCGACCUGGCCACCCGCUCUCCCUCGGACGCUGGUCCAGAUCACGCGUCCUCGACAAGCUCAACCUCCUGGCAUUGCCUGGAGGCGCGGCGCAGCGGAUCGUGUGGAUCGACCCCGACGUCCAUAUUCGCCGCAACGUGGACGAGCUGUGCCUGCUCAAUGACUCGUUUGCCGCUGCGCCCAACAUCGGCAUCCACCGCACAUGCUGGCGCAUGGUCAACACUGGAGUGCUCUCCGUUCGACCGCUCACCGGGUCGCACUUCCGCUCCGCAGUGCUGCAGCCCAUUGUCGCGGGCAAGGUACCCUCCCGAGAAGGGAGUGACCAGGGGGCCAUCAACUCGUUGCUGUAUGGGUACAGUGGUACCGCCCCGCUCUGGGGCACGGCGCGAAUGCUGCCGGAGCGCUACAACUUCCUCGCGCGCAGGUUGCACACAUCAUUGCGCCGGUGGGCGGCCACUCCCGCGCUGCACUUCUCGGGCGAGACCAAGAAGAUGCUUACAAGCAGCGGCGUGCAAGGCAGCAGCAACCUGCCCAGCAAGAGGCCGUUGGUAGAGGCGCUGCUCAAGUGGCGCGAGACGUGCGUGGCCCCUUCGCAGACAUUUUCGAUGGCGAUGCCGGCCAGCGACGCUGCUGUCCAGCAGCACCUCGAAUCGCUGAUAACGGACUCAACGUCGUUGGGCUUGGGGCACCGCGGGAAGGAUGUGCGGAUGUAUGGACCAGACAAUAGUUUGAUGUUGUGA